AUGGACCAGGGAUUCUCUCCCAAACAGCGCAAGCCUUUGUUCAAAUUGACAGGAGACAGUUUGCUGACGGCUUUGAGUGUGGCAAGGAAAUGUCAGUUGGUAGAUCCGGAAGUGAAAAUGCUGGUUGUUUGGGCUGAGCUCGUGGAGUCAACUUUGGACGCAGUUCAACACGUGAAAAUUGAGUACAUGGAUCCAGAUGCUGAUUCUGUGGACACCGGAAGUGUUCCGGUCCGAGAGUAUGUGUUCGCUUUGGAAGGACGAUGCUUCGACUUGUUGCAAAAACGGGAGCCCGAAUUGUUUCUCAAGGUUGUGCACAGGGGGCGUGUUUUCGCCAGAAUGUUGCCGCAUCAAAAAGAAACCCUUGUGAAAACGUUGCACAAAAUCGGGAGAAUCGUCGGCAUGUGUGGAGACGGUUGCAACGACUUGGGUGCCCUGCGAGCAGCAGACGUCGGCCUCUCAGUGGCGUCCUCGGCGGAGAAAGAGGCGUCCAUCGCUCCUGUUUCUGACACCGGAAGUGUUCCGGUCCGAGAGUAUGUUUUCGCUUUGGAAGGACGAUGCUUCGACUUGUUGCAAAAACGGGAGCCUGAAUUGUUUCUCAAGGUUGUGCAUAGAGGGCGGGUUUUCGCCAGAAUGUUGCCGCAUCAAAAAGAAACCCUGGUGAAAACUUUGCACAAAAUUGGGAGAAUCGUCGGCAUGUGUGGAGACGGUUGCAACGACUUGGGUGCCCUGCGAGCAGCAGACGUCGGCCUCUCAGUGGCGUCCUCGGCGGAGAAAGAGGCGUCCAUCGCGGCGCCGUUCACGGCGGACGACGAUCGGAACCUGUUCGCCGCCGUGGACAUUGUCCGCGAAGGACGCUCCACGCUGUGUUCCUAUUUGGGCGCCACGACGUUUACAGUGGCCCAAUGCUACACUUACAUGUGCUUCAUCGUGAUGGUCUUCACUUCGAGGUAA